CUCGCCUAGGGCGCAAAAAACCCUAGCACCGGCCCUGCUAUCUGCUAUAUAAUGAAUAGGUAGGGGGAGAGAGAGAUAUGUUUCCAUCUUCUCUCUAGGAGGAAAGAAAAACGACUGACUCUCUACAGGAAGUACCUGAGGAGUCAAGGCAGGGGUCAUAGAGUAGAGGCAAGCAGGAACAGGUAAAGAGACCCUCACUAACUAUCUCUAUUCCCAGUGCCUCUGGUGGCCAUUAGGAUCGUUGGUGCAAAAGCUGGAUGCACUGGAACUCCAUCUCCAACAAUUACUGCCCUACCUCUCCUUGAUGCCUCCCUGAUUUCCUUCUGCAACUCCCAGUUACUGUCAGUGUUUUGAUCCAGAGGGCGAUAGCAGGUCCCCAGCAGCACAUUUCCUUUCAGGCUUUCUAUUGUCACCCACAGGGUUUCUGUGGAAGACUCCAGUCCUCCUAGGUUUUCUAGCUUGUUAGAUUCUAUCCCUGCCUUCUUUAACAUACCGUGCUGUUCCACCUCCAAGGCGCCCCUCCCUGUCCUUUCUAUAGAGUGUGUAUCCAGGGAUAAUAGUGUUCGGAUUCUCACUGUUCCACCAUGCUUCUGUUAUGCUCACUAUGUCUAUUUCUGUGUUAGCAACCAAGCACUCCAGCUCUCCCAUCUUGGCUCGGAGUCUUCUGGCAUUGGCAUAUAAGCACCUAUACGCUGAAUCUCUUACCUAGUAUGUGCUAUCUUUCUUUCGUCUCUUUGAUCUCUUUGACCAGCUAGCACAGCCUUCUGUCUGCUCUUUAUGUAGUUCUGCUCUGUCCGCUUCUGUUCUAUCUGAAAUGUUUACACCCUAGCACCUUAAGGGACCACAUCUGCAGAACCGGAUACUAUCCAGCUUCUGUCAGCUAUCCAUCCCCCAGGCAUUAUUGUAAAAGCUGCUCUGCAACCUUUUUUAUUUUAAGCGCCAGCAAUCUGGUUCCAUCUUGGUUCAAGUGUAGUCCGUCCCUUUUGUACAGACCUUGCUUCCCCCCAAAUAUGCCUAACAAAUCUAAACCCCUCCUCCUGGCUCCACAUCUCAUCCAUGCAUUGAGACCCCUCAGCUCUGCCUGUCUUGUUGAACCUGGAACAGGUAGCAUUUCUGAGAAUGCUACCUUGGGGGUCCUGGACUUCAAUAUGCUACCUAACAGCCUAAAUUUGGCUUCCAGAUCUCCCAACUACAUUUCUCAACAUUGUUGGUGCCGACGUGCACCACGACAGCUGGCUCCUCCCCAGCACUGCCUAACAGCCUAGGAGCACAUACAUGAUUUUGUAUGUAAUUAAGGAGACGCUGCUCUUGAAGGUAUCCUUUCCAUCUGCCUAGGGCACUCAGUGUCAAAAAACAGCCUAGAGUGUGUACUGAUCCCUAUCAUCUGUAAAGAGCCAGCAGGGACCAGGGUCGACUGAAGCAAGCAGAAGCAGAAUUAAAUUAAGGAAAAAAUAAUACUAGUGGCUUUUAGCCAUAGUGUCUCUGUCCCUUGUUCAGAGGCAGUGUUUUCUUGUAUGCCACUAACUUGCAAGCAACAAAUUAUUGCCUUCAUGUCCUGCUUGUGGCGGGGCUUCCUGGAGACAUCUGCUUGGCCACUGCGAGAAACAGAAUGUUGGACUUGUGUUUGCGCAGAUCACAGAAUUAAGUCCUUCUUGAAUCAGAAUGACACGAACUGGUGAUUAAAAAUUCUAAAUGCCAAGGCUUACGAUCUUUACCAGCCUUUAAAAGAGCCCUAAAAACGCAUCAUUGUCAAAUAAUCAUUAACUUCAUACACAUGAUUUUGAAAUUAAUUUAUUCCAGAUACAGUAUCCACAAGUCCUGAACCAGUCUGACGCCCACUGUGAGGCAAGGUUAUCCAUCCUCUAUGAACUGAUACAAACUGGUUCAUAGUGUUCCAUAAACAGAGAUCAGGUGUGCUGCCCAAAAGGUGCUUAUGGUUCAUCCAUGCAGUAUUGCAGAGAAGGCUGGAGGGCACCUUCCGGUUCACUUGCUCCUUCACCAGCAUUUAUAAAAAAAUUGCUGCCUCCACUGCUGAGCUACAUUUCGCGUGUAGUCAGCCCAGACUUAGUACCUUGUGAGCAUGACCCAUACACCCCAUGUUCACUUUGAACUGUGGUUAUAUUUUGUAGGGCUGCAAUGUUUAGUCAAUUAAUUGGUUGGAGUAAUCAGUUCAAAAUACUUUCAUUAACUAAAGAGGGCCCCCUGAUUAACUGGGUGCCAGACUUUAACAUAUGAUUUAUUUUUAGAAGAGGCAUUCUUUGCUGUGUGAGAAAGAACAGGGAAUGCCUCUUCUAAAAUGGUAUAUCAUCCAAUAACAACAGAAGUAUGUUUUCCUCCUUUACAAUUGUUUUUCCUCAUAUGCUAAUGUGAAGAUUUGAUUAUUUACUUAUUAAAAUAUUUAUACCUUGACUAGAACUCAUACAAUUAAUCAACUAAGAUUUCUGUAAUCAGGUAGCAGCCGCUACUCUUCAGUCAACUUUCCUCAUUCAUAGCCUCCUGUUGUGUGCUGGAGGAUGUCCUUGAUGUCCUUGAAAACUGUUCCAAAGAAGGUACCAAAAAGCUAGUAUGAUCCCAGGAAGGAAUGCCUCUUUUAAAAUGGAACUUGUCAUCUUCCAUUUUCAUAAGCGUUUUCUUCCCGGGUCUCUUUUAUAAGUGUUUUUUAUACCUGAACCACAACGCUGGCCCACUCGGCGUGACCUUCUAGACUGAGCCUACCCACCAUGUACCAGCUGCUGACGGUCAUGAUUUACGCAGCCCUUGAAGCCCUGGCCGGCCGGCCGGCGUUGGCUGUCAUUCAAGCGCCACAUCACACAAACCAGAGUUGGGGACUGCCCACCUUCUUGGCCCACCUGAAGCGCUUGACCUCCUCGAGCACAAACGUGACCACUCACAAUAAGGGCCCACCCUCGGAUACAUGCCAAGGCUACUUCGACGUCAUGGGUCAGUACGAUGCUGCCUUCAACUGCACCACUGGCGGCUACCGGUUCUGCUGCGGCACGUGUCAGUAUCGUUUCUGCUGCAACGAUCGGUCCAGGCGGCUGGAGCAGGGGAAGUGCCGCGACAACCCACCCUGGCUCCCGGCCUCAACCACUACCCCGGUCACCAGCGGGCCCGGUAUGACCAACGGGAGCAAGCAACCCGCCAACAGCACCGUGUACGUCAUCUGUGGUGUCAUCAGCUUCACCUUAGCCGUGGGAGUCGGGAUAAAAUUCUUCUUUAGCAAAGCCUCGAGGAGACCGCAUGGAAGGGAGCUCAAUGUGCCCAGGGCCCUGGUGGACAUUCUCAGACAUCAAGCAGGGACCAGCUCAUGCUCUGAACGUAACAACAGCCUUGUCAUUAACUCGAACUUCCAAGACAAUGGUUCAGCUCGUCCCCCAAAGAAUUUAUACAACACAGUGAAACCUUCCAAAAGCAGCCACGAUAACAUGCAUCACAAUUACAUCCAUUUGAACGUCAACAGCCCCAAGCACCACACAGCCACUUUGGACUGGCAUGUGAAUCAUACCCCUAGCCACUCCUCCACCAAGUACAACACUCUCAGCUGCUCUCGCUCCUUCCACAACCUCUCCCAUCUGCCCCCCUCCUACGAGACGGCCGUCAAGUCGGAGCUCAACCGGUAUUCCUCACUGAAACGUCUGGCAGCUGAGAAGGACUUGGAUGAGUUCUAUGCCAAGCGGCGGCAUCUUGCCGAACUGACACGAGGGACUCUACCCUUACAUGCCAUGAAGAUGAACUAUGACAGAGAUGCCUACUCCGAGAAGUCACACAACCCACGGCGUGUCAUGUCCCAAGAACACAUCCUUUCAGAUGGUGGUGGUGGAGGCGGAAGCUAUCGCCCGUCACACUAUGACUAUACUAUUCCACGAGAGCGUGUCAUCUCUCACGAGCGACUCCUCUCCCGUGAAAACUUGCAUUCUCAAGAGCGUUUGCUCUCACCUGAGCGUCUCCAUCAGCGCACAGGUCCCUUCCAGGAGAUGCAUCUUGGCCAUCAGAAGGCCCUCUCUCAGACCAACGUCUGUGCUAGCAGUACCCCCAUGCAUGACCACCAUCAUGGAAUGAUGAAGAACUCUCACCCCAACUCCAACAAUUCCCCCAAGGCUUCUGCUCCUUGGGAAGCUAGUAGCCAGGCUAGUAGCCAGGCUGCCAGCCGGCGCCAAGGCUUUGCAGCCAAGCGGCAAAGCACCAUCGAUCAAGUCCAGUUCAUCCCUGGGCACCACCCAACUCAACACCUCCCUACUGGCAGCAAGAAUGAGGUCACCGUGUGAGGUGUCCCAGCUCCCCAACUCAGGUUGAUUCGAUUUUCCAAGGCCAUAUUUCUCUAUGCUUUUCUGCUCCACUCCACCCUUUCUUUGGUGCUCAUCUUUUGUUGGGGCUUAUUUUAUUUUAUUAGCUCUAUGGCCUCCAUCUUGGUUAAUGUCAAGACCUAGCCUGGUCUUUGAUAACGUUACCAUCACUGUCUUCACUGGCUUUGAUGAUGUCCGUUCAACCUGCCAGGUCUUGACAAUCUUGGAUGAUGAUGUUGGCUCCCUGUAUAUGAUUGACAUCAGUGCUAUGAUUCAUGUCAAGAGGUGAUGAUGUCAAAGCCUGUAUGGUAUCUCAUAGGGCACCUACUACACAGUCAGCUUCUGAAGAUGUCAUAAGUCUUUGAUACUAUUUAUUUCCAUGCCUGUUGACAUCACUGCUAUCAAGAUCUGAUGACAUCAAGGCUGAAUUGAUUGUUCAGUGACUAGCCUGUGGAUCCUUCAGGCCAUCAAUAACUAGUGCUGGUGAUAGUUUUGGAUAAUGUCACACUUGCCAGGCCUCGUCAGUCUUUAAUAGCAACAAUACUAGUGUUGUUCAUCAACAUUUGAUGGCAUCGUUGCUGUGGGCUUAGUCUCAGACUUUUCAAGACUGAUGACAAUACCUGUGAAUUAUGAGGUUGGCACCCUUUGCCUCUGAUUCUAAGCGCUGUGAGCAUUGCCAGUCCUUGUGGACGCUCCAUUGACCAACUGACACCGUCGACAUCAUCAGUGGUGUCAACACUGUGGACUCUGUCAGCUGCAGAUGAAGUAAGCGCUGUGGGUCUUGUUGACCUCCGAUGCCCUCACCAUCAACAUUUGAUGGUGUCAACACUGUGGACCUCUGAUGACAUCAACAUUUUGUGACUUGUCAAUUAUAGAUGAUGUCAAUGGAGAGAAGGGUUUGUCAGUAUAUUGAUUGUGAUACAACCCUACAGGCCAUCACAUGGACUGAUGAUAUCAGCUCUGUAGGUAUUGUCAAUAUUCAGUUGUGUGGAUGUUUGAAAAGGCUUUGUCAACAUUUAUGGUAGUACUGCCAAUCUUGAUGACUAAGAAUGGUGUCAAGGUUCCUAUGCCUGUCAGCCAUUGAUGAUGUCAGCACAAUGGACUCAUCCUGUAGCUACAGAUGUCAAAGUAGCCCAGUUUGGCAAUGAUGUUGACUUUUGGUAACUUCAUCAUUGUGGGCUUCCUUCAGCAUUGUUGACAUCACUGACUGCUUAUAGCUCAUCCAUUCUGGAUGAAGUCACCCCUCUGGGCCUUCAUCUGUUUUAUAGUUGGGGUCACCACCUUGAACCUGGUCUGCACCAGUAUCAUUGUAGGAGAUCAAGGGCACUCGGCCCUACUGGUGCACAAUGAGGUCAUCAUUAUCUUCUGAUUACAUGACCACAUACUGCCCGUGCAGUGGCAAAAAGAACAGAUGAGAACCCCGCUCCCUGCCCCUUCCUUAUAUAGGACGGGAUGGUGGAGAACAGUGGCCAUCUUAUCUAGUUGCAUCCAAUAAUGAGUUUGGCCAGUGCAAAUGGUUCAGGGAAGUGGGGUUUCACACCCUACUGCCCUCUGCCACUCUCAUCCCUUCCUUGUUUGGAAAUCUUGCCAUGACUUUGCCUACCAGGGAUGUAGGGCAGGUCCAGGUCCACCCCCUUCUACUGUACAUAUCUUUAUAUAUUGCUAACACUCGCUUUCACUUUUUCUAGUGCUUUUUAUUUACCUUCCUGUUUCUAGGGAUGUACAACAAUCCCUCCUCUUUGGUUCAUGUGGGUGUAUUAAAAAAAAAAUCUUAGCUCUUUCAAACAUUAUUAUGACAAACAAACCUCCCCCUAAUACACAUCCCAGUGAUGCUCAGGACUCUUAAACCUUUAAUUCCAUGUCUUUUUCCUCAGAAAUGUUCUGCCCUUUUUGAUUUACAAAAGAGAUACAUGAAGAGUAUGGCCAACAGUCAAAGAGUUUCUUUAAGAAAUAACAUUUGAAAGUAAGAUACAAAUAUUUUUCAUGGAAAUGAAGGAUUUUUAAAAUAAUAUCCUCCACUCUUGAGUCUUAAAUUUCCAUCUUGGACUAUUUUAGCUGAAAGAAGUAGACUUGGGUUGAAAUUUUAUUUCCAUCUGCUACUUUUACUAAUAUUGGCUUAAAAUUCGAGUUUUGUCUUUGCAUAGUGCUGAAGAUACUGAGAGCUUAUUCUCUAAGCAACAGUUUCAUCAGUGUUGCCAUUUUGAGGUAGUACAUAUUCGUAUUUCUGAUCAGAUCUGCAGAAGAAAAAAAUCACAAAAAUAUGUGGGUUUGGCAAAUUUCAUUGCUAUUAAUGAUAAAUCAAGAGUCCAUCCCCCCUCCCCCAAAUAUUUAAUCAAUUUGUUGAUGUCUUCAAUAGGUGGAUUUGUGCAAGGGAAACAAUAUGGUUUCAUUUUUAAUUUGAAAAUGUGUUAGAUUUUUUUUUUAAGGCCAAGUUUGACAUGGAAAUUGUUUAGUUUUUGAUUUACUUUUUGUCAGUGAAAUAUUCACUCAGUCUGUUAUUUCAGAUUGCAGAGGGGAGAGGAGACCAAAUCUGCCUAGAAAGAAACCAGAUUUGAAAUACUGAAUUUUUUUAUCUGCAACACUUCAAAUGCUGCAAUUACAAAAGCUGAAGUUUGCCUGUGGAAUUUCAGUGGAAACCUUCAAAUUUCACUGAAAUUAUUCUAGAAAACAAUCCAAAACCGUUACUGCCAAGGUCUGAAAUUUAUGCAAUGCUGAAGGCUUCAGAUAUGUAUCACCAUUUCAAAUUUUAUAGAUUUCCAAAUCCAUCUGGAUCCUUUUGAUAGCUCUUAAUUUUUAAUCACUUCAUUUUCAUAUCAAAAUGCCCGUGCUCUUUGAGAUUAUUUUACUUUUCUGUCUUGCUUCUGCAUAACUUUUAGGGGUUAGAGAUCAUUCUCCAGUUUGAAAAAAGCUACAGCUAAGCACCCUCCCUAUAUCGCUAUUAAGCCAUUUCUGAUGGGUCCUAGAUAACUGUACAUAGAACAAGUCAGGCUGCAGUUUAUCCCCAGCAGACCCUGAAAUGGGGCAAAUAAUGAUCCUGUUGCAGCCCAAAGCCAUCUUGUGCACAUCCCUGCCUUAUUCCUCAGUACCAUGAUACCCUUUCUCCUCCUCUUCCUCCUCCUCCAUCAAACUCAGACUAAGGGCUAAUGACCCCCACCCUACCCCUUUCUUUUUUCGGGGCAGACUGGUUAUAUUUUUCAUUUUUGAAUGUCACAAUGCAAAACCUUGAUGAAGGCAAUGGAGGGGGCACUCUCCCGAGAAAGAGAGAGAGAGAAGCGGCUGAGGGGUGGACAGGAUUUUGGAAAGGGGGUACAGCAGGGGUGACCCUUCCAUGAGGCAGGGCAAGGCAGUCACCUCAGGAGUGGGUGGGAGGAGGGCAACGCCUUCUCAGGUACAUCUGCCCACAGAUAGGGGCAUCAUAUUCACCUCGGGCAGCAAAAUGUCUUAGACUGCCCUUGUGUGGCAGGGAGAUUAUUUGAAAACUUGCACCAGGUGUAUCUUAAGAAUUACAAUCUGGCUGAAUUAGGUGUCACACUAGAUGAGAGGUUGGGAGUUCUGUGGUUGUAUCUUUUGUCUUUUUUUAACCUUUUUCAAAAGCAGCUGCUAGGGGGCAGGUAGCCAAUUCAGGUCAGGCCCACAGCUCUGGGGGACAAGAGAUUAACCCUUUCACCAGGCUGUUUUCCUAAUGUAAAUCUCCUCUAUCACACACACACACACACACCUAGUUUUUCUUCAUUAGGGAAAAUGAAUGGGUACCCUUAAGAAGCCUUCUAGCAUGGCUCUCCUAGCAGCCCAUUCAGUUGCCCACUAACAUAGGUCAGUGGUUUUAAAACUUACUUCCUUCUGGGAAUGUCUUCCACAUUAACCCAUUUGCUGUGGAAGCCCUGCAUGUUGUAAAGGAUUAUGUGGCAUGUUUUAGUUUCACAUUGGGUUAAUGUAAGGCAUUGUCUGGGCCUUCUAGGUGUACUGACAGAGCAACCUAGAACACAUUCAGUGGUCAUCGGCAUGUUACAGGGGAAAGAACUGCCUUUUAUAGAAGCUUGUCUGCUGUUCUCACUGAGACCUUCUAACUGAAAACCCCUUAUCAGCUUCUAAACCACUUUUAUAGGUUUUCAGAUAUCUUCAGUACACAUUUGAACCAAUUUAUCUAUCAAGGCUCCCAAGGAACAGUAGAUAUAUGAAAGGCGAGGGCUCACCAGUGCAGUGGUUAAGAGUGUCAGACUAUGACUGGAGAGACCCUAAUUCAAAUCCACAGUCUGAAUUUUUGUGGAUGAUCCUGAGCCAGUCCAGCAGGGCUGUCCUCAUGAUCAGAACUAGGGUAGGAGAAGCCUCCUACUCUAGUUUGGGAGCUGUGCACGCUUCCAAUAUGUGAUUGUGUGUUAGAUAAAAGCUAGGUUGGAGGCGGAGAGCUUGCUUGUCUGUCAAGCCCAGCUGGGUAAGACGAGCACCCUACCCAGAUUCCAUCCUCAGCUUUGGAAAGAGGUAAGAGGAAAACCCAUCCUACCCAGCUGGGGCUUGGCAAACGAGCAAGCUCCCUGCCUCCGACCUUGCUUUUAUCUAACACACAAUCAAAUAUCCAGAGUGUGCUGCACAGCUCUGGAACUAGGAUAGGAGGAGCCUAUCCUAGUAAUAAUUGUGAGAACAGCCCUACUAUCUCUCAGCCUAACCUACAACACUACCUCCUUGGAGGAAGGGUAGAGUAAAAAUAUAAAAAAUAACAGAAUUCUCAGCACCCUUACAAAACUAUAAUAUCUUGGACUCUUUGGAAGAAGCCUUAGCAGUUAAACUGUUUUUAUUCCAGUUUAAAUCCGCAGUGCAGUAGGACUCUAGCAGUUACCAUGGAGAAGUAGUCAAGCUGAGGUCAGUAUUUAGGAAGGCAGACAGACUAUGGAGCAGGUCAGGAAUACAAGAGGAAGAAUCAGACUGGUUCAGUACUACCUUGGCUCCUGUUUCUUAAAUCGGGCUGAGUUGGGCAGCUGAAGCAGAGCUGAAGUAGCUGAACCAGAGGUAUAACCUGACAGUGGACCUUUAUGUAAGAUUUACAGCCAAUCAUAAGGCCUGGAUGAAGGCCACUGAAAACAACAGGGAAAAGAUGCCAUAUCUGGAAGGCUUUCAGGCUUUCUUAUAUAUGAACCUGGAUAGUUCAAAGAAAGGAGCAGAGACACAGCUUUUGAAAGAUCUGGACCCUAGCCCCAUAAGUGCCAGUAUCUAGCUUUCACAUUACUGUAUGUUCCAAAUAACAGGAUAGCUUUUUAGAAGUUGCAUCAAUAUUUAAAGAUCCAUGAAAACAUAACGUGACAAGAACACAAUAGAACAUGUCCAUCUUGAAGAAAAGACAUGUUCGGAGCCAUUUCCUGAGGUUCAGAGCCAUUUCCUCAAGUUUUUUCGACAAAACAUACAGAAUCCCAAUGUUGCAUUCUUACAAAUGGCUAGGCACAAUUUGACUUCAAGAUUGUACUCCUCCAAGAGGAAUGGGGCAGCAGCUGUGAGGCACCCUGUUGGGUAGCUGAUGCUAAGGUCCAGGAGAGUGAAUAUAAUGAAUGGCAGCCAUGCCUGGAGGGCUUGCAAAUGAAACUUCCUUUCAUCACCUCCUAAGUGCAUAAGAGGGAGUAAUGGCCACCCCAUCCCUCAGCUUUAUACUAACAAGCCAUAUUCCAUGCGUCCCUAAAAAAUGCUGGAGAGGUUUUUAAGGACAAGCUUACAUGGCCCAUCAAAGAGAGAAUAGAGAUGAGUGUCAGUAAUAAGAGGGACAUUGUGUGUACAUGCAUUUGAAAAAGAGAGUGAUAACUGGUUGUGGGGAAAGAUAAAUGCUUUUGAGGUAAAGUGUUUAUGAAUUAAUUAUAGUACCCCAUCUUCUUUAUAUAUAUUUCUCUAAGGCAAUACCCGUGGCUAAUGCCAUGCAUGGUAGCUCUCGCGAGAGUUCAGAGAGCUGCCGGAUAGCCAUGGGACAGGUGGGAGAAAGAAAAUGGUGGCAGCCGGCCAGCCAGCGGGCAAUGAAAACAGCGGCAAAUGGCGGUGGGUGGGCGGCCACCAAAGAAAUCAGUGGCAGAGGUGGCACAGGGAAGAAGAUGGCCAGCGGGGGGAGGGUAAGAAGACAACCGGUGAGCGGGAUGGGUGGGUAAGAAGAUGGCCAACCAGCUGGCAGGUAAGAAGAAAACGGGCAGGCAGGUGGGCAAAACAGUGGGGGGGGGAGAAAGUGGCGUGGCGAACGGCCGGCUGGCUGGGGGAGGGAAGGAAGGAAGAAGGCUGGGCGGGCAGCCUGGAAGGUGGUGAACGGCCAGCUGACUGGCUGGUGGGCGGCUGGCAGUGGAAAGGGGAGAAUGAUGGCAGCGAGGGAGGUGGGGAGAAGAAGACGAUGGCGGCGGCGGCUCCAAACUAGAGGUGCAGAAGCUCUGCGCCCGGCCCAGCUAGUAUAUUCUUAUUUAACCUUUUCUCACAGUUCUUAAGACUUUUGUCAAAGUUGAACUCUCAGUCCCCUACAUGUCACCAAGGCCACAUCUGAACUACUGAGGUAACCAUAUUUUAGUCAGUUUAACUCUCAUGACUUUCUGUAAAAGAAAGUAGUUUUUUGAGGGUGCUAAAAUCUUUUUGAGGGUGCUAAAAUCUUUGUGAGAGGGACCCCUCACAGAACUACAGUUCCCAGAGUUAUAUGGAAGGAAGUCAUGAUGGAGCUAAUGCCUCCCAUAGCAAGUGUCUGGGGCAACCUGGGAAGAUCUUUUGAGAACCAGGGGCUCAGAAGAAUGUAUUAUGUCAUUGGAAUGUGUGUGAAAUGUGGUGUGUGCUGGCUAUUAUUUUAGUUCAAGUGUGUAUGUUGAGUUAGCACUUUUUAAAAAUGUGUUUGUAUAUGAGAGAAGGGACUGUUCAAAGUGUGUUAGGUGUGUGCAAAUAUUUUUAUUGUGGAAAUGAAUGAGAAGAGAUUCAUGGCUGAAUUUCUGUUACAGGAUUGAGUGAGGGGAAUGUGUAUAACAGAAUACUAACUUUUCUUUUUGUUACUGAAAUAUUGAGAGAAGAGUGACUAAUGAGCGAAGAUUUCUUCUGCUCUUUUACUGCUGAUUCCAGCUAGCACUGACUACUGCAUUCCUAAAACCAACUUGUCAAACUGGGCUUCUCCUCCACCAUCCUGGGUCCUGCUGUUGUUAUUUUCAUUGCUCUUUUUGUGAUGUGGUAAAAAUCUGGAGAAUGCCCAGUACUGUUUUGGGAUGACACCUGUUGUAUAAUCUAUCCUCUUCCUGAGACUGCUUUGGAAUUUUUUUUUUUAAUUUUAAAGCUGAGUUGUCAUUUCCCUCCCUCUA